AUGCGCGCAUCCAUUUCAAAGCGCGUGCGUCCGAAUAAGCGUCGCCGCCGCCGUUGCGCGCGCCCUCACCCCGACGCGCUGUGCUUCCCUCCCCCUUCCCCCGCUCUCCCUUGCGCGCGCGCGCGCCCGUCGCCGCCGCACGUAUGGACAGCGCUCGAGACCCCGCCGCGUUCUAGUCGCGUGGCGGACGCUUCCCCGCCGCGACCCGGCUUGCUUGCGCGCGCCCGGGCGGUGUGCACAAACGUCGGGGCCGCGGCGCGCCGCACCGCGAUCUGCGGGCGAGCAUCCCCUUCCCACUGAGUGACGACGCUGACGCUCCGUAAAGGGAGAGGCCCAAAUGUUUAGUAAAAUUGAAAAUUAUGGUAAAA